AACGCAUUUCGUCUUCGUUUGUUUCUCGCGGGUUGUUUCGUAUGAGUUUACGUACCGGUGACAAGCUGCGCUCAAAUAUGAACGCAGUGACAUAAACGAGCCCCAGGAACCACCCAAGUCAAACACAAAACCUGCAACAUUGAGCGAUUCAAGAUGGUUUUAGAAUCCAUUUCAAGGAUAAUCAAAGUCCAACUUCCAGCAUACCUUAAGAGGCUUCCGCUUCCGGACACGAUCGGCGGUUUUGCGAGGUUAACAGUGUCCGAGUGGCUCCGGUUGCUGCCUCUCCUGGGUAUCCUGGCUCUGCUGGGCUAUCUGACAAUUCGCCCAUUCCUGCCUAAGAAGAAGAAGCAGAAAGACAGCCUGAUCAACCUGAAGAUCCAGAAAGAGAACCCGAAAGUGGUCAACGAGAUAGACAUCGAGGACCUGAACAGCGCUAACGUGUGUUACUGUCGCUGCUGGCGCUCCAAAACCUUUCCUGUUUGUGACAAGUCACACUUAAAGCACAAUGAGCUAACUGGAGACAACGUGGGACCGCUCAUACUCAAAAAGAAGAUACUAUAAUUGGCCACUGAAAGGAGUUUUCCUCUCACCUCCCUAGUCUUUAGUUUUCAUUUCUCCAAGUUUUUUUUUUUGUCUUUUUCUUUUUUUAUAUAUAAAUGUCUCACCUUGGUGUCAUGUUUAUGUUGCUCAGAAAUUAGCAGUCUUUAUUUGAAGUGGUCCUAAUACAACUAAAAAUACUAAAUGCCAUAGUCUGAUUCUGUGAAAACGGUAUUUUAGGUUCUUAAAUGACAUCGUGCAGUUGGAAUUCAUUCUUUCUUUAUGGGCUUUUGUUCAUUGUUUACUUUUGUUGUUCAACGGAGAAGCCUUUUUAUAUGACUGUAAAUUUAAAUUUUAGUCAUGUCUCACUCGUUUUUUCUUUUCUUUUUUUAAAUCAAUUACAAAUCAUUGGGACCAGUUUGUGAGGAAAACUUGAAACCUAGAUGCGGUGACUUUAUGACUUUCAAUAAUCUAAACCCAUCAGGGUCAUUAAGUUUAUUUUUUUUUUCCCCAGGUAAAUGGUUGUUUAAAUGAAAUGCCUAAUACUAGUCCAACCCGUAAGUAACACUUAGUACUGUAUGUCUUCAUGUCUUUUGGAAGAUUCUUUGGUAUUGUUUAACAGCCAGCCUUUUGUCUGUGUGCCAAAUAUCAACAUAAUGCUCACUCUUUCAGGUUGUGAUAUUCUCUUGUAAGUUAUUGUGUGUAUGGGAGGCUACUUGUUAUUCUUUAACUGUAUUUUGUUCAAAGCCUUUAAACAUUUGAGUUUUACAUUUUGUCUUCAACUCUGUUGCCUACAAACAUUUCAAACCACUGCACCAUUGAGUAAUAUCCAGUUAUAACCUCAGAAAGUAACUCCUGCAGCAAACAUCUUUUGCUCUGUACCAUUUUUUUUUUCCCCUUUUCUCUAGCUUCUGUAUUGUCAUAAUAGGUGUAUAUAGUUGACCUGCUGCUGGAAUAUUACUUCUUUAUUCAUCAUAAAUGCUUGUUACAUAUAUGGCUUGUAUUGUCAGAUCUGCAUGAUGACGGUGUUUAUUAACCUUUGUAAAAUGAUGGCUUGAAUUGAUUCACUGGGUUUAAUUUGUAAAAAGGAACAGUUGGGAUGUUAAACUCAAAGGUUUUGGCAAAGAGCUAUUUUAUUCCCUUUUUUUUACUAUUACGACUAGAAAACACUUAAUGUCAACUUCAGCUAAAAACAUUUGAAUUGAAUAGUUAGGUAACAGAGUACAUUACUUUCUAAUUGUCUGCUACUCAAUUUUUCAAGUAAUACUUGCAGGGUCAUAUUUUUACAGGAGUGCAUUAUUUUCAGUUCUUCAGUCAAUACAGUCUCAAAAAGAAAAAUCGGAACCCCAAAUGUGAACUUCAUGGGUGUGCUAGAGGAAAAGUCAGUGAGUAGGAUUCAUCCUCUGGGCACCGUGGAUAUCUGUACCAAAUUUCAUGACAAUCCAACCCAGAGUUGUUUAUACAUUUCAGUCUGAACCAAAGUGGUAGACCAACAUUGCCAUCCCUGCUAGUAUGUAUGAAAAGCAAACCGAUCAGAAGCCGAAACUUAAAGGAACAGUGACUUGAAUUAAGGACAUAAUAAGAUGCACAGUAAAUCAAAUUGUACACAUAAGUUGCAUAGUAAUAAUUUAAGUUAUUAUCCUAUCGCUACACAAAAGAGAAGAGACAAUUCUUGGUAUGUUUUAUCAUUUAUUGUUUAAAGAAUAUUUGGUAAAAAACUAAUGCUCAAUUCUUUUACUUUAUUAUAAAUAGUUGCUAACAAUACACAAUGAGGCAAUGUAAACACAUUAAAAUCAAAAAUAUUAAGUUAAACUGCACACUUCUGUAAUAAAAAAAAA